AUGUCAGGGACAUGGCGUAAUGAGGACCAAAGAAUCGUGACCACCCGACAUUUGAAUGCCGACGACUUUGAGACAGCUUCGAUCCGCUCCGCAGCUCCGUCAUAUGUCUCCGAGGCGCCGUCCUAUCAUUCAACCCUGCCGCCAAACGAGACCCUGCCCUCCUAUGCUCAGGCCCGGGCGGAUGCUCCACCACGCACUGGCACAACGACUCCGACAAACUCCUCUAACCCACGAUCGAUGGUCCCGCCAGCCGGUGGUAGUAGUACAAUGCUUUACGGACCUGGCUUGCCCCCAGUCCGUGAUCUGCCUCCGCGCACCCAGAUGCCCCAGCUCGAAGGGUUCCGCAUCCCCUCAUGGUCAACGACGCACUCGAACCCGAAUGCGCGACACUACCAGAAUGUUGCACAGCGAAGGGCUUCUCGUGCUCGGAACAAUGACUCGCAAAUGCAAGAAACUUUGAGAUCCGCGCUGAGUCGUUUAAAUGAGGUAGAAGAUGAGCGCGAACGCGCCCGUGUCCGGCCUUUGGAGGAUCCCUAUCUCGUUGGUGAAGAGGCCGCCUCAAGGGCUAGGAGGGAGCGACUUGCACGCGAAAAUGGGGACGAUAUUCUCAUCCUGGAGGAUCGGAGAUGGGAUUGGUUCCUGGGUCAAAUGAAAGACUGGGAUGAGCGACGGGAGAGCUGGCAGCAAUUUGAGAGCCGCCGCACCCGCCGCAGCCGCUGGGGAUUCUAGGCGUCCUUUCCUGAUGACCAGAUAACGAAGAAGCCCAACGGUUUGGUGAUCAACAUUUAGACUUGCUUUCUUGUUCACUCACUACAGUAUGUCCUGCUUGCAGGGCCUUGCUCGAUAUUCGUCAGGUUGGGUGAUUUACAUUUUCGGGCGUUAUGGUAUCGGUCGUGUCAAGGGUUUGGGAGUUUCAAGGAUGAAACAGACUUUGCAACAUGCAUCUCCCCCCUUUUCAUGUUUAUGAUGGACGAUGAAAUGAACAGGUUUAUGAAGGAUGAACUCCGGCGUCACCUUCCAACGCCGCUCAACAUUGGGAGACCAAUCUUUGAGAAAGAUAACUGAGUAUUCGGUGGGCCGACUAUUGAUUGACCAAAUUGAAUAAGUUUAAGAG